AUGGACGCCAACUGGCGGCCCACCCAAGGGCCGGACCCCGCCGCCGCCGUAGGCGAUUGGCGCGCCCAGCUCCAGCCCGAGGCGCGCAGCAGGGUCGUCAAUAAGAUAUUGGAGACUCUGAGGAAGAUCCUGCCAGUAUCGGUGCCAGACGAACUGAUCGAACUUCAAGAAAUCGCCAGGCAAUUCGAAGACAAGAUCUACACUGAAGCAACCAAUCAGUCUGAUUAUGUGCGGAAGAUUUCUCUGAAAAUGGUCUCUAUGGAGACGAGCAGACAACUGGCUCCUGGAAAUGCUCAAGUGAUUCCAAAUCAAAACAACUCAGCUCCUGCACUCCCUCCACAAGGCGGAAAUCAAGCACAGACAUCAGCCAUUCCUUUGAUGUCUGAACAACAGUCCCAACAGAAUCAAUUGAAUCCCGUACAACAAUCUGUGCAAUCAUUACUCCAGCAACCUCAACAAACUGUUGGGAGGCAGCAGCGACAAGCACAUCCCUCCAUUCAUCAACAACCUUCACUGCAGAGUCAGCAGCUCAAUAUUCUUUUACAGCAGCAGCAGCAGCAGCAGCAGUUGAUGGGACACCAGCCAAAUUUACAACAGAAUGGUGCUGUGGAAAUGCAGGAGCAACAGAGGCUACCAGUUCAGUCAAAUAAUCUUUUGAAUGUGCAGCAAACACAGCAGAUGUUGAAUCAGCAGUAUAUGCCUCUGCAUCAGCCACAUCAAUUGGGCUCUCAGGCAUACAUGGUGAGUCUACAGCAUCAGCAACUUCUUGGAACUGUGCCUAAUGUGUCAAACAUGCAUCGGAUGCAUAUGCUACACACAGAAGCUCAGCAACCACAGGAACAACAGCAUGCUCAGCAGCCACCAAUGCAACCUCAGUCUCAACACAACCAACUCCAACAGUCGCAACAGCAUCUUAUGUCACAAUUCCAAUCUCAGCCUAACCAACUACAACAUCAAUCAGGGAUGCAGCCGCAAUCCUCCAUGCAACGACGACUUCAAGCUUCAGGAGGCAUGCUCUUGCAACAAAAUAACAUGGAUCCGAUUCAGGCACAGAGGGGCCUUCAAGAAGUUUCCUCUAGUACAUCUGCGGACUCUACUGCUCAAACAGGUGAUGAAGAUGAAGAUGCAGAUUAUUGGCAAGAGGAGAUAUAUCAAAUGGUCAAGAUCAUGAAGGACCAAUACUUUGCAGACCUCAGCGAACUGUUCAAUAAGGUAUGUGUGAAGCUACAGCAUGUCGAGAGCAUGAUACGACCUCCGAUUCCAUCCGAGCAGUAUGAUAGAAUGAAGAGCUUUAAAACGAUGCUGGAACGUAUAUUACAAAUGCUGCAGAUUAGUAAGAGUAUCAUCCAACCUGCUAUGAGGGACAGAGUUCCUCAAUACGAGAAACAGAUUAUCACCAUCUUGAAUUGUCUAAGGAAGCCAGUGCAGCCACAAGUACAGCAAUAG